AUGCAAGUUGUGGUAAAUUCACCGCCGGAUCUGUAUGAUUCCCGGGACCGCAGAGAGUUCCAGCAAAUGAUUGAUGAUUUUGAGAAUACAGAAUAUACAAUGCGGCACAAUGCAACCAUGCUGUGGCUUGAUGCUUACGAGAAAAAGCUGAAAGAAGAUCACGAAUCGAUCAUAACAGCCGUUUGUCGUCUUCUUUGCUCGGCUGGCAAUCUGUUUCAUUUUCGAAUCGAUUUUAUUCUGGAGCAAAUCUUUCAAAAAGUUCGUAAAAUGCCUGUUCUUUCUGGUACCUGUGUCUCUGUAUGGUGA